AUGCAUCUCACAACACUUUUGGCUGCGAGCCUUCUCCCGGCGCUUCCCUAUGCCCGUUCUAUCCCCUCGCGUCGUGGUGUGGAUUGUUCAUUCUACACCUCUCCCGACAGUGGGGCGACAUGCGCAACCUUUGCUGAAGCCUGGGGCAUGUCUGAGGAUGAGCUCAAGGCUUUGAACUCUGGUAUCAAGUGCCCUGACAUCGAUACGCAAAACACCUACUGUGCGAUUGGGUCUGUCAACGAUGAUCCCGAUGAGCCUUCACCUACCGCCGUCCCUCCUAAAAGCACGGCUCCUGCUUCAACCAAGGUGACGUCGGCCAUCAAGACAACCCCAACCGCUGUUACGCCCACUGUUACCCAAAAGCCCACUACUACCAAGCAGCCUUCUGGCAAUGGUGUUAAAACCCCAGAGGCUAUCCAGGAAGGCAUGGUGAGCAACUGCAACAAGUUCCACUACGUGUCGCCUACAACCACCUGCCAGGGGAUUCUCAACUAUAACAAGAUCACCCUUGCCGAUUUUGUCAAGUGGAAUCCAGCUGUCGGCAAAGACUGCAGCGGUCUAUGGGCUGAGACGAGUGCAUGUGUCGGUGUCAUCGGCGGCUCUACCCCAUCUCUAACUACAACCACCAAGCCUAAGCCCUCAGCAACUACUCCUGCGAAUGGGAUCAAGACGCCGGAGGCCAUUCAAGAGGGUAUGGUGUCCAAUUGCAACAAGUUCCAUGAAGUUAAGGAUACGACUACUUGCCAGGGUAUUCUUAACUAUAACAAGAUCACCCUCGCCGACUUUGUCAAGUGGAAUCCCGCUGUCGGUAAAGACUGCAGCGGACUCUGGAAGGGCACUAGUGCAUGUGUCGGUGUCAUUGGCUCUACCCCAUCUCCGACUACAACCACCAAGCCUAAGCCCUCAACAACUACUCCUGCGAAUGGGAUUAAGACCCCCCCAGCUAUUCAAGAGGGCAUGGUGUCCAAUUGCAACAAGUUCCAUGAAGUUAAGGAUACGACUACCUGCCAAGGCAUUAUUGAGUACAACAAGAUUACGCUUGCUGAUUUCAUCAAGUGGAAUCCCGCUGUUGGCAAAGACUGCAGCGGACUUUGGAAGGGCACCAGUGCCUGUGUUGGUGUAGUAGGCUCCAAUCCCCAGCCUACAGCCACGGCUCCCAGCAAUGGAAUCAAGACACCUUCGCCUAUUCAAGAGGGCAUGGUCAAGAAUUGUAUUACAUUUCACUAUAUCAGUUCUACAACCACAUGCCAGGCCCUUCUGAACUACAGGAAGAUCACUAUGGAGCAGUUCUUCAAGUGGAACCCGGCUGUCAAAAAGGAUUGCAGCGGUUUGUGGAAGGAUACUAAUGCUUGUGUUGCUGUUAAAUAA